AUGCUCGGUGCCUUUAUCAGUCUCGUUUUAUCAUACAGUAAACGUGAUUGGAGCGAAGUAGAAUCAUUUAGUCCGAAUAUCUUUUUUCUCGUUCUUCUUCCGCCAAUUAUUUUUGAAAGUGGUUACAAUUUGCAUAAGGGUGAUUUUUUCGCAAACAUGUUUCCCAUUCUUACUUUUUCAAUUAUUGGAACAACAAUAUCUGCUUUUACUAUUGCAUGUUCAUUGUAUAUUCUCGGUCAGGCCGAUCUUAUUUAUCCUCUCAACUUUGUUGAAUGUUUUAUUUUUGGAUCCUUAAUAUCUGCUGUGGAUCCAGUUGCUACACUUGCAAUAUUUCAAGCGCUCAAUGUUGAACCAUUAUUGUAUAUGCUUGUUUUCGGUGAAUCUAUGCUGAAUGAUGCGGUAUCGAUUGUGCUUACUUCAACGGCGCUGGAAAUAGUUCAGCAGCCAGAUCCUUUUGCCAAAACAGCGGGCGAAACUCUUCUUGCUGCUUUAUAUAGAUUCACUUACGUUUUCAUCGUAUCUGCACUCGUUGGUGCUAUUGUUGGAUUUUUUUCUGCCUUACUUUUCAAGUAUAUCGACCUUCGAAAAACUCCUGCUUUAGAAUUCGCUUUACUUCUUGUGUUCGCUUAUCUUCCUUAUGGAUUGGCUGAAACUAUAUCACUCUCUGGAAUUAUGGCGAUAUUAUUUUGCUCUAUAACGAUGUCGCAGUAUACGCAUUUCAAUAUCUCUCCAAUAACGCAAAUUACUAUGAAACAAACGCUAAGAGCAUUAUCAUUCGUUGCUGAAACAUGCACGUUUGCUUAUCUUGGUAUGGCUUUAUUUACCAUUACACUUGAAUUUGAGCCUAUGUUUAUUUUUUGGAGCAUUCUUCUCUGUAUAAUAAGUCGAGCAUUUAAUGUUUUUCCUCUUUCUUACUUGGUAAACAAAUGUCGCGAAACACAAAUAUCAAAAAAGAAUCAGGAUACUGUUUUGGGAUUACUUUAUAAUGAUUAUUUUAAAUAUUUCAAAGGAAUGCGUGGCGCUGUUGCAUUUGCCCUUGCAUUACAUAUAUCGAUCGAAGAUGAUUUGACGAAGCGAAUUCUUUUAACAACCACUUUAUUUAUUGUUUUAUUCACUGUCGUAUUUCUUGGCGGAUCAGCUCUUCCACUUUUGAAAGUUCUUGAUGAAAUUUUCUCUGAUCAGGAACGAUCAAAGAAGAAACGACGUGCUAGAAGAUUUCGAGAAAAGCGUAAAAUCUUCAAAUCUCAUGUGUUAUUAAGCAAGACUCAAGAAAUGGCACUUCUUGAACAUUCCGAGAUGACUUCAGCUGCAGAAGAUGGGAGCUGCAUUAUUGCAACGCGACGUCCAUCAGUUAAAUCAAAUAAUUUUGCAUCUCGAUUUAAUGAGCUUUUUAUACGUCCAAUAUUCGUGCGCAAUUUUACUGCUCAAGAGAAAUUUGAAAACCAAAUGAAUUUACGUUGUGUCACAAAUGAAUUCUUCAACGAGGCAGAAAAUGAGUUUCAAUUUGAUCAGUCAUCAUGUGAUGAACUCUUCUCUCAUAAAUCGUUUAUAAAUGAAUAG